AUGCCGUACUCUCACCAUAGUCACUCCGGCCAGUUUUGCGGACAUGCGACAAACACGCUCGAGGAAGUCAUUCAGGCAGCCAUAGCCAAAGGCUUCCACACCUUUGCGCUGACCGAACACAUACCCAGACCGAUUGAAGACUUCUAUCCUGGAGAAGAGAAAUCGCAUACCGUGGAGAGCCUCGCCAAGCUAUUCGACGAUUUCCUUAUCGAAGCUCAUCGGCUGAGAGAUGUACACGGGAGUCAGAUACAAAUCUUGAUUGGAUUUGAGUCAGAAUGGAUUCGGCCAUCCACCGUGGACAUAAUCCGGGGCAUAUCCGACAGGAACACGUUUGACUUCUUCAUGGGCUCGGUUCAUCACACGCAUACGAUACCGAUCGACUACGAUCGCGCAAUGUACGAACAGGCCCGAGACAAGGCAGGCGGCACGGACGAGCAACUGUUUGAGGACUACUUUGAUUCUCAGUUUGAUAUGCUUCAACAACUCCGACCCCCCGUAGUUGGGCAUUUUGACCUAAUUCGCCUGAUGAGUGACCAUCGCGACGCCGACUUCAAGGACAUGGCUGGUGUUUGGAACAAGAUACAGCGCAACCUGGAAUAUAUAGCCUCUUAUGGAGGCCUCCUCGAGUUGAACUCGUCGGGUCUACGCAAAGGUUUGGCCGAGCCAUAUCCGUGCUUACCCAUAUGUCAAAUGUUCCUAGGAAUGGGCGGUGGCUUCGUCAUGUCUGACGACAGUCAUGGGAUCGAGCAAAUAGGGACAAACUAUGUGCGGCUGCUGGCCUUUGUCGAGAAGGCAGGGAUAAGCCGGAUACAUUUUGCUGAUCGGGCCGGCGUGCGCAAAGACAGCCGCUUCCCCAACACAGGCUUCUCCAGCAUCGCUGUAAGCGACCUGGCGCAGCUGCCCUUCUGGUCGAACCUAAACUGA